AUGGCUCCCGUCACCAGCGACACGAAGGUUUGUCGGUCUCACGAUGCUGAGCGUCACGAUUACUACUCCACUGAAGCGGAACGUGAGCGAGAGCUAGAGCAAGAGGAAGAGCGACAGCGAGAGCUUGAGAGAGCGCGUACUGCUGAGUUGCGUCGACUUCGAGAAGAAGCCGACCGAAUCGCCGCUGGCACACCUGCUACAGCUACUGCACUGGCAAGUCAGGCCUGGCACCUAGACCGUCCGCGCAACGGUAGAUAUAUGCAGCGGCGAAACGCUAUCUCUGGCCCUUCUUCCGGUCCUUCUGGUCCUCGUUAA